GCAUCACAAACGCCAAGUCUCAUCUACUGAAUCGAGACCACUUCAGCACAGGCCAGUCUAAUGAUCAAAGAAAUAUCUCCUUGACAGGCUUUGGGGCACCUCUCUACCCUGGAAGCCACCACGUACAAGUCGGCUGGAAGGAGCUGCAGAGCGAUGAAUGCUACAUGCUGUCCUUCCUGGGAAGGGCAGGGAAACUGAGCCUGUGGACGGAAGCAGGCGGGAAGGGCAAAACCAGCAAGCUGCCGAGGCGGCCUUUGGAGCAGUCUCUGGCUGCAGAUCCAAGGCUCAGCCCUGGAUCCGGCUGUAGAUCCAGCAGACCUCGGCAGGAACUUUCGAGCGAGCGCUGCGGGGAGGCCGGUGCUCCCAGGGGAGGAGCCGCGGGGGCCCGAGGUGGUACUGGCAGAAGGAAAAGAGAGAGCCCUAUGUGAAAUUUAUGGAGGCCAAUUACCCACCUGGCUUCCGUUAUGAAGAUUUUGGGCCACUGUUUACAGCAGAAUUCUUUGAUCCUAACCAGUGGGCAGAUAUUCUGAAGGCUUCGGGUGCAAAAUAUGUUGUCUUAACUUCAAAACAUCAUGAAGGCUUUACUUUGUGGGGGUCCAAAUAUUCUUGGAACUGGAAUGCUGUUGAUGUGGGACCGAAGCGGGAUCUUGUUGCUGAACUAGCAGCAUCUGUUAGAAACAGGACUGACUUGCAUUUCGGGUUAUACCAUUCCCUGUUUGAAUGGUUUAAUCCUCUCUUCCUUGAGGAUGCCACCAAUGUCUUUAAGACAAGAAAGUUUCCAACCAGUAAAUCAUUACCAGAACUCUAUGAAAUUGUGACCAAGUACCAGCCAGAAAUAAUUUGGUCUGAUGGGAAUGGAAAUGCUCCAGAUACUUACUGGAACAGCACUGGUUUCUUGGCUUGGCUGUAUAAUGACAGCCCAGUCCGAGACACAGUUGUAACCAAUGACCGCUGGGGAGUUGGCAGCAUCUGUACCCACGGCGGCUACUACACCUGCAGUGACCGGUACAACCCCGGUCACCUCCUGCCUCACAAGUGGGAGAACUGUAUGACCAUCGACAGGAGGUCCUGGGGGUACCGCAGGGAUGCGCAGCUCAGCGACUACCUCACCAUCGAGGACUUGGUGAAGCAACUUGUAGAAACAGUGGCUUGUGGGGGAAAUCUCUUGAUGAAUAUCGGGCCCACUCACGAUGGUCGCAUCGCUGUUAUAUUCGAGGAGCGCCUGAGGCAGAUGGGUGCUUGGCUGGAGGUCAAUGGAGAGGCCAUCUAUGGAACAAAACCAUGGAGAGCACAGAACGACUCGGUCACACCAGAAGUGUGGUACACUUUCAGCCCUAAAGAAGGGACAGUCAGUGCUGUCUUCCUGAACUGGCCAGUCUCUGGGAUUCUGGAACUUGGUGAGCCACAGGCUAAGCUUGGAGAAACACAGGUAAAGCUGGCUGGCUACAAGGAACUGCUGAAAUGGGUUGCACUGGGAGAAAAGGGACUGAUUGUAGCUCUACCUCAAUUAACUCCUAAGCAAUUGCCGUGCCAGUGGGGCUGGACUUUACAACUGACUGCCAUAAAAUGAGCCAUACUCUGCUGGAGCCCUGGCUAGCAGGGAAUGCUGAUGUUUUGCUGUUUCUCAUCACUGGUUUUGAACUUACUUGCCUGUAAAAACACCAAUAAAUUCACUUUUUUUAUGAAA